UUUACAUUUACUGUAGAAAUUAUCCUAGAAAAACAAUAAAGCAUUAUUUUUUAUAUUAUAUUAAACAUUAAUGUUUUUACUUAUAAGUUAAAGGCAAAUGCUAGUAAAUAAGAAAUUGUACAAGUUUUAGGUGUGUAUAGUAAGAAACAAAAGUGGGUUAGAAGAAGAGCAUAGAAGAGUGUGGAUGGAGUUGGAGGGAUGAGAAUAUCCUGAAGAAAGAGAUUAGAGUUGUUUUGCAUUCUUUGAUGAGAUGAGAGUGAUAGUGCCUCUGCAAGGCCUGGUCCAAGGCACAGGGGGUCUUUUCUGGGGUUCUGUCAUUCCUUGUGCUCUCUUGUACUUUCUUCAGCUCUACUUGAGAACCAAGCCAUGCCACCACCCUCAGCCUCCACCUUCCCACAAGGACCAGGACCAGGAUUCCACCAGCUUCCACCGCUCCCUCUCUUCCAACCACAGGCACUCCACUUCCUCCGCCUCUGCUUACGUGUCCCCUCGUGCCAAUUCCCUCACUGCUGCUAACUCUCCUUAUUAUCUAGGCUUGCACAAGGUUGCCGUUGAUCCCUAUCACCAAACUCAUAAUCCUCACGGCGUUAUUCAGCUUGCUUUGCACCAAAACACCCUAUCUCUUGACUUGAUUCAAGAUUGGAUUCACCUCAACGGCAGCGCUGCUGUGUUGGGGACACCACUCGGCAUUUCUAGGAUUGUUCCUUACCAACCUCUCCAUGGAUUGAUGGACCUCAAAGUGGCUGUGGCUGGUUUCAUGUAUCAAGUUUUGGAAAACCUUAUUUUCUUCAACACCUCCCGAAUGGUACUAACUGCAGGUGCCACUUCUGCCAUUGAGAUUCUAAGCUUCUGUCUAGCAGAUAAUGGAAACGCAUUCCUUGUUCCCACGCCUCUUAGCCCUGGCUUUGACGGGGUUGUAAAAUGGCGCACUGGCGUGGAGAUAGUACCUGUUCCCUGCCGCAGCACUGAUGACUUCAAUUUAAGUAUAACUUCACUUGAGAGAACCUUCAAGCAAGCAAAGAUGCGUGGUCAAAAAGUUCGUGGAAUUAUAAUAAACAAUCCCUCAAAUCCUGCUGGCAAAUUGUUUGAUAGGGAAACACUGUUGGAUCUUUUGGACUUUGCUAGAGAGAAGAACAUUCACAUAAUCUCUAAUGAAAUGUUUGCUGGCUCUUCUUAUGGAAACGAAGAGUUUGUGAGCAUGGCAGAAAUCAUGGAGGCAGAAGAUCAUGACCGGGACAGAGUUCAUAUAGUGUUUGGUUUGUCGAAUGAGCUCUCUGUUCCAGGUUUGAAGGUGGGUGUUAUCUACUCUUAUAAUGACAAUGUCGUGGCUGCUUCUAGCAAAUUGGCAAGGUUCUCCACUGUUUCUGCCCCAACCCAAAGAUUGCUCAUCUCCAUGCUUUCAGAUACAAGUUUUGUGCAAAAAUUUAUUGAGGUUAACAGGUUGAGGCUGCGGAAAAUGUAUAAUACAUUUGUUGCGGGGCUGAAGCAGUUGGGGAUUGAGUGCACUAGGAGCAGUGGUGGUUUUUGCUGCUGGGCUGACAUGAGCAGGUUGAUUGGCUCUUACAGUGAAAAGGGAGAGCUUGAGCUCUGGGAUAGAUUGUUGAAUGUUGCUAAGAUCAAUGUUACCCCGGGUUCCUCUUGUCACUGUAUUGAACCUGGAUGGUUUCGUUUUUGCUUUGCUACAUCCACUGAAAAGGAUGUUUCUGUAGUAAUGGAACGGAUUCGGAGAACUGUUGAUGCCACAAAUGGACAUGGUUGAUGUGGGUGGGGUCAAUUAGUUAUGCAAAUUUAGUUGGUUUAUUGAUUCUUUAUUCUUUUGGAGAAGCCAGCAUCAUCCUAGGAGGAAUAAUCAAUCACCAAGGGGUAGUUGGAAGACAUGGACAUGGUGUUAUGCAAUGGAGUGGCUUCAAAAUGAUUGGUGGUGAAUUUUAAUUUUAAAACCUACGCAUCAAGACUUAAAAUUUUCAAUGUGUAGUCGGAACCUGGUAGAUGAUUUCUACUUUCUUCAAAUUAGUACUGAAAUGGCUUCAGGUGCAAUCAUUUGAAAAACAGUGAAAUACUAAUGACCUGAAGAAGAGGUGGCACCACUGAUGCUAUCAAGUUAAGCCGCUUACAAUGAGAAAAGUGUAUGAAAAGAAAGGAAAUAUAAAAAGAAAAAACUCCUUGCAAGAACUCAAUUUGGUUAUAGGCAUGAUGGCAGUUUUUAUUUUUUAUUCUUCACCUUCACUUUUUACACUUGCUUUUAUUUCAUAAACUUAUAUUAGAGAUUAGAGAAUCACAUAUCCUUCAAGCUUUGUAUAUUUCAGCAGGAAGGUCCUAUUGUAUUAUAUACUGUAAUAUUUGGUGUGAUAAUUAACAAACCUGGGGGAAGAAUUUGAUAAGUGUUCUUGCUUGCUCA